AUGCGAACAUUGGAGUGGGGUAACAUGGGAGUGAAAAUAGAUGGUCGGCAGUUAUACCAUCUUCGUUUUGCUGAUGACAUCGUCCUUAUAACACCAAACAUUAGCGAAGAGGAACGUAUGCUUGACGAUUUUGAUAAGGCCUGCGGAAGGAUUGGUCUUCGACUAAAUCUCACAAAAACGAUGUUCAUGAAGAAGAGAUUGGUUUCGCAUGCCCGUUCACGCUCAACGGGCUGA